CUUCUACAGAGGAGUUCGCCUUUCACCGUCGGGCUUAAUUUGUCUGCAUCACUGUUCAUUUUUGAAUUCUCGGACCACUCAAGUCUCCCCUCUCUCUCUCAUUCUCACUCAAUAACAACGUUGUACUCGAUCUCUUCUAUUUCUUUUCAUCCUCUGGAACAACCUGCAUGUGCAGAUUCUCAAUUUCACCUAUACAUUUUUUUUAACGGACUCAGCAUUUGGGAUUUGGUAAUGACCGUCGAGGUGAUCUGGUCGGGUCGGUGCAUUUCUGUUGUCGGGUUCGAAUUCGUCCAGCUGAGUUUGUGUGUCCUGAAUUUUCAUCACUGUCAUUCGUGCAUUCUUAGCCUUGGACUUCAUUCUAGAUUGGGACACCUUGUAUGUUUUGGCAAAGACAUUCUGGAGAAAAUCGCAAACUUGUGGGAUUCAGCAUAUGCGGAUUUUCUUAUUUUCCAAGUGAUAAUGGAAAGUGAUAGGAUCAGAGACACACUCCCAGAUAGUGUACACAAAAUUCGAGCUUCAAAUGGUAGGACAACUGGCCCCACACGGCGUUCAACAAAGGGGCAAUGGACGCCAGAAGAGGAUGAGAUAUUACGCAUGGCUGUUCAGCGUUUCAAAGCCAAAAACUGGAAAAAGAUAGCCGAGCUUAUCAAGGAUAGGACAGAUGUGCAGUGCUUACACAGGUGGCAGAAAGUUCUUAAUCCAGAACUUGUUAAAGGGCCAUGGUCAAAAGAGGAGGAUGAAAUAAUUAUCGAGUUAGUGAACAAAUAUGGACCAAAAAAGUGGUCCACCAUUGCACAACAUCUUCCAGGACGCAUUGGAAAACAAUGUCGAGAAAGGUGGCACAACCAUCUCAAUCCCGGCAUAAACAAAGAAGCUUGGACUCAAGAUGAGGAGUUGGCAUUGAUUCGUGCCCAUCAAAUCUAUGGAAACAAGUGGGCAGAAUUAACAAAAUUCUUGCCUGGCAGGAGUGACAAUGCAAUAAAAAAUCAUUGGAAUUCUUCUGUCAAAAAGAAACUGGAUAUGUACUUGGCCUCGGGCUUACUCUCACAAUUCCAAGGUCUAUCAAAUCACUCUCUGGCAUCUUCUUCCUCAGAGCCACAAAAGAUUAGAGAAGACAACACUCCCCAAACAGAGGCUGAGGAAAUUUCGGAAGGCAGUCAAUCUUCAUAUGUCCCCAAUUUAUCUCAAGAAGCCGCUUACAUCACACCAGAAGAACCUUGUGGGCCCAGUGAAAACUUUCUCGAACAAAAUUUUUCUCUAGAUUGGAGUGAACUCGACACGGACGAGCUGUCAGGCCUGCCCUUGCUAGAUGUUGUUUGUGCAGAUGGCUCUAAUCUGAUAGCAAAUAAUGAUAAACUCCCCUCUGGUGAUGUUAUCAGUGACUUUAAUGGACAGGAAGACCCAUUACUUAAUCAAGGUCUAUUUUGUUGGACACCUUUACCCAUUCAAGAUCAAUAUAAUUCUCCACCCCAUGUAAAUGCUGACUAUGAAUCUAUUUUACCAACUACUCCCGAUGGCUCCAUUGAAAAAUUGAUUCCAGUCAACAAUUUUGUCUUGGCACCAUUGACUGAAUCUCACAACGAUAAAAAUCGGGAGGAUUCGGGAGUUUUAUCCUACGAGCCACCUCGUUUUCCAAGCUCGGAUAUUCCUUUCCUCAGUUGUGAGCUUGUACCAUCUGGUGGUGAUAUGCACCAAGAGUUCAGUCCGUUUGGCAUCCGUCAACUUACUAACAUGUUCAAAUUGUGGGAUUCGCCUUCAAGAAAUGAUGAUAAUAGCCCCGUGGCCAUUUUGAAAAGUGCGGCCAAGAGCUUUUCGGGCACGCCCUCUAUACUGAAGAAAAGACAGCGAGAUUUGCUGUCCCCUCUGUCAGAAAAGAGGGGUGAGAAGAAGCUUGAGGGGAUUUCAAAGGAUUCGAUUUUGGAACUGAGGAAUGAUAUUUGUAGGUUGGAGGUUAUGUUUAAUGAAUGUGCAGAUGGGAAAGGGAAUGUUGAGGCGAGUUGUGCUGAGAAAGAUGACGUUCAUCCUGCUUAUGAUGUUUCUGAAAGCAAUAUCUCACGGAAAGAAUGCAGUGUUGUCGAGUGUUCCGAAAAGACGAAAAAUUGGGCUGGUGAGGCGGAAAUUGAAACCAAAACGAUUGAUCAAAAUGCAAUUGAUAUGGUGUGUUCUUCUUCUUCUUCAGCCUUUUUGUCUUUUUCGUUGUUCUCUUAUCCAUCAAUGUUGGUUGAAGGACAAUUGGCCAAAGAUUCUUCUGGGAUCUUAAUCGAACGUGAUACAAAUGAUCUGCUAUUCUUCUCUCCUGACCGCUUUGGAAUUAAGGGUGAUGGAUCAUCUGGUGUGAGUGCCAGAGCUAUUUUAUCCCCACCCCAGCAUUCGUGCUUUUCUGUUGUUUGUUCACCUUCAGAAAAUAAAGUUAAAAGUUCCGGCGGAGGCAAAAAUCCUGAAAACAAUCGAAUAUCUCCUUGGUUUAUGAAUGCCUUUGUGCCGGGACCUAGGGUUGAUACAGACAUAACAAUUGAGGACUUUGGUUACUAUUUGACCCCAGGGGACCGUAGUUAUGAUGCAUUGGGGCUAAUGAAGCAAGUGGGAGAACAAUCAGCGGGUGCAUUAGCCAAUGCCCACAAAAUAUUGGGAGAUGAAACUCCCGAAACAUUGCUUAAAGGGAAAUACACAAUUAUGAACAAGGAAGCUGAGAAGGAAAACAUCCAGAGUCCAAAUUCUCAUAAUGGAAAUUUAUGUUCAACGUCAAAUAUCAUGACUGAAAGGCGCACACUUGAUUUUAGCGAAUGUGAGACGCCUGUAAAGGAAAGUGGAAAUACUUCGAACAACAUUAAUAUCUCAAGCCCCUCUUUGUAUCUGCUGAAAGCCUGCAGGUAGAAGGUGUUUUCAUUGUCAUUUAACCUGUUUUGUGAAUUUUCAUUUACCAUAAUAUCUACCCACAAAAAUGUAUUUAAAAGGAAAAAACUAAAAAAAAAAAAAGUUCUCUGUCAGGGAUGCAGGAAUAUAUAUAUGCCCAUUUUAUUCAAUUAAUUAUUUUAUGGGUUUGUUAUGUUGCUAUAUGUGAGAUGGGGUAAUAUUGUGAUUUCUUAAGCGUAUUUUUUUUAAAAGAACUUCAAUAUUCCUUCGGGAUUUCAAGUCAACAGUCCUAGACUACGAGUCAU